CCUUCUCUUGAAAACCACUUAAAUAUCCUUCUUACCGUAUUCACUCUCACCCCCAUCACACACCACUCCUUCCCUCUUUUUCUUUCUCACUUAUCACCAUGCCCUUAUUCCCCAACUUCCUCCUCUCCCUGUUCCUGCUAAUUGGUGUGUGCAAUUGCAGAACUACAACAAAAAAUGAAGAGUCGCAUGUGCAAAUGCAGACACAAACCCUUAACACAAACCCAACUCUCUUCAACCCGCAGGUCCCACCCCUCCGAACCCUCUCUUCCUCCAAGCGAUUUGAGGGGUCCUCGGAGUUCGUGAAGCUCAAAUACCACAUGGGUCCGGUGUUGUCUUCCCCGAUCAACAUCUACCUCAUCUGGUACGGCAAGUGGCCCCAAUCGCAGAAGCUUCUCAUUAAGGACUUCCUCCUCUCAAUCUCCGCCUCCGAUCGCCGGGUCGCUCCCUCUCCCUCCGUCUCCGACUGGUGGCAAACUGUCUCUCUCUACACCGACCAGACCGGCGCCAACAUCUCCCGCUCCGUCUCCAUCGCCGGCGAGUACAGCGACCUCCUCUACUCCCACGGCACGCAACUCACGCGCCUAUCCGUGCAGGAUGUAAUCGCCACCGCCGUCCGCGCCAAGCCCUUCCCCGUCGAUCAUCGCAACGGGAUCUACCUGAUCCUCACGGCCGAAGACGUCACCAUGGAGGACUUCUGCCGCGCCGUCUGCGGCUUCCACUACUUCACCUUCCCCUCCAAGGUCGGCUACACCCUCCCCUACGCCUGGGUUGGGAACUCCGGCAAGCAGUGCCCGGAGGUGUGCGCCUACCCCUUCGCCGUCCCCGGGUACAUGGGCGGAGGUGGCCCCGGCCACCUCACUCCGCCUAAUGGCGACGUCGGCGUCGACGGCAUGGUCAGCGUCAUCGGCCACGAACUGGCUGAGCUCUCCUCCAAUCCCCUGGUGAACGCCUGGUACGCCGGCGAGGACCCCACCGCACCCACCGAGAUCGGUGAUCUCUGCGAGGGCCUGUACGGAACGGGUGGUGGAGGUGGUUACAUCGGGUCCGUUCUGAAAGAUGGAGAAGGGAGAACAUUCAAUCUGAACGGUAGAAACGGAAGAAAGUUUCUGGUGCAGUGGAUUUGGAGCCCCGUUUUGAAGGCUUGUGCUGGCCCCAAUGCUUUAGAUUAAAUUCACUUCACACAUUGCAUAGUUACUUGGAUUCCUCUUUUUUUCUUACUUACUAUGUAUCAUAUCUGAUGAUGCUCUAUCAUUUUAUUUUAUUAAAUUUUUUCACUUCCCUGCUCGAAA